UUUGUCAUUAGUUAGUUGUGUCUGAGUUUUUUUUUCUAUUCAAAUUAUAAAUUGAUAUUAAACAACUUAAAGAAAAAAAAAAUUAUUUUUUAAUUAAAUGUAUUUUAGUUUGAAUUAGUUAAUUAAUAAAUGUUAAGUUGAAAAUAUCGUCAAAAUAAAAUAAAUACAUUAUUAUGUAUACAUAGGUGUAGUUUUAAAAUGCAUUUGUUGUCGCGAGCAAAAUUGUGAUUGAAUUUUGCAAUUUUACAAUUUAAGAAAAUUUUAAAACAAUAUCCAAAAUGUCUUUCGUAUGACAAAAUUUAAUUAAAUAAAAAAAAAAAAACAAAGAAAUAAAAAUUGCUUUUAGAAUUUAAAAUAAAAUCUAAAAGAGAAGAGAAGUAGAAAAAAAAAAAUCGAUAAAAAUUUUCAAUAAUUUGAAGAAAUUGAUUUUGCAUUUGAACAUAAAUUUAAAAUGUCAAAUCGAAGUCGAACAUUAAAUUGUAAUUUAGAUUCUGCUAUGCUAAAUCAAAAUGAUCCAUUACGUGAAUUAUUUGAGGCAUGUAAAACUGGUGAUAUAGCAAAAGUAAAAAAAUUAAUAACACCUCAGACAGUCAAUUCGAGGGAUACAGCAGGAAGAAAAUCUACACCAUUACAUUUUGCUGCAGGUUACGGGCGAAGAGAAGUCGUUGAAUAUCUUUUGUCGAAUGGAGCUUCUAUUCAAGCUUGUGAUGAAGGGGGCUUACAUCCUUUACAUAACGCAUGUUCAUUCGGGCAUGCUGAAGUAGUACGCUUACUUUUAGAAGCUGGGGCUAGCCCUAAUACGACAGAUAAUUGGAAUUAUACACCACUUCAUGAAGCCGCUAGUAAAGGAAAAGUGGAUGUUUGUAUAGCUUUACUUCAACAUGGCGCCAAUUCUAAUAUUAGAAAUUCUGAACAAAAAACACCAUUAGAGCUGGCUGAUGAAAAUACGAGACCUGUUUUGACUGGGGAGUAUCGAAAAGAUGAACUAUUGGAGGCGGCACGUUCUGGAGCUGAAGAUAAACUUUUAUCAUUUUUGACUCCCUUAAAUGUUAAUUGCCAUGCAAGUGAUGGACGACGCUCCACGCCACUUCACUUAGCAGCUGGUUAUAAUCGAAUUAGAAUUGUUCAAAUUUUAUUAGAACAUGGAGCAGACGUACAUGCAAAAGACAAAGGUGGAUUGGUUCCAUUGCAUAAUGCUUGCUCAUAUGGUCACUUCGAAGUUACAGAACUUUUAAUAAAACAUGGAGCGAAUGUUAAUGCUAACGAUUUAUGGGCUUUCACUCCUUUACACGAAGCUUCGUCUAAAAGUCGUAUAGAAGUUUGUAGUUUACUGCUAAGUGAAGGAGCAGAUCCUACUUUGCUAAAUUGCCACAACAAAUCUGCUAUUGAUUCAGCUCCCACAAGAGAAUUGAGAGAAAGGAUUGCGUACGAAUAUAAAGGGCACGGAGUUUUAGAUGCUUGCCGGCAAGCAGAUAUUUCGAAACUCAAAAAGUAUUUAACUUCUGAAACUGUGAAUUUCAUUCAUCCUUACAGUGGUGACACUCCACUUCAUGCAGUGGCCAUGUCAGUUUAUCCAAAACGAAAGCAGAUUUUAGAAAUUUUAAUACGAAAAGGUGCAUUACUUAACGAAAAAAAUAAAGAUUUUCUGACAUCUUUACACAUAGCUGCAGAUAAUUCGCAUUAUGAUAUAAUGGAUAUUUUGUUAAAAAAUGGAGCAAAAGUAAAUGCUUUAGAUGGUUUAGGACAAACGGCGCUACAUAGAUGUGCGCGCGAUGAUAACAUUCAAGCUUGUCGUCUUUUGCUAUCUUACUCAAUAGAUACAAGCAUAGUAUCAUUGCAAAAUCUCACAGCAGCACAAUUGGCUUCAGAUAAUGUACUAAAAAUUUUAAAAAAUCCGCCAGACACAGAUGUCGUAGAGUGUCAGUUAUUGGAAGCAGCAAAGGCUGGUGAUUUGGAUACUGUUCGACGAAUUGUUAUUGCAAAUUCACAUACAGUUAAUUGCCGUGAUUUAGAUGGAAGGCACUCAACGCCUUUACAUUUUGCAGCAGGCUACAAUAGAGUACCUGUUGUUGAGUUUCUAUUGGAACAUGGAGCGGAAGUUCACGCUGCAGACAAAGGUGGUUUGGUACCUUUGCACAACGCAUGUUCUUACGGUCAUUUUGAGGUGACAGAGCUGUUAGUUAAGCAUGGAGCUAAUGUAAAUGUAGCCGAUUUGUGGAAAUUUACUCCGCUUCAUGAAGCUGCAGCGAAAGGUAAAUUUGAGAUAGUGAAAUUGUUAUUAAAACAUGGAGCCGAUCCAAGUAAAAAAAAUCGGGAUGGGGCCACUCCUUUAGAUUUAGUUCGAGAAGGAGAUCAAGAUGUUGCAGAUUUGCUUCGAGGAAACUCUGCAUUAUUGGAUGCUGCCAAAAAAGGUAACUUAGCUAGAGUUCAACGGUUAGUAACACCUGAGAAUAUAAACUGUAGGGAUGCGCAAGGUCGAAAUUCUACACCUCUUCAUUUAGCAGCCGGUUAUAACAACUAUGAAGUUGCUGAAUACCUCCUUGAAAAUGGCGCUGACGUUAAUGCUCAAGAUAAAGGGGGAUUGAUUCCAUUACAUAAUGCAUCAUCCUAUGGACACUUAGAUAUUGCAGCAUUAUUAAUUAAAUAUAAGACUGUGGUUAAUGCAACUGACAAAUGGGGUUUCACGCCUUUGCAUGAGGCAGCUCAAAAAGGUAGAACGCAAUUAUGUUCCUUGCUACUAGCACACGGAGCAGAUCCUUACACAAAAAAUCAAGAAUCACAGACUCCUAUAGAACUAGCAACAGCUGACGAUGUGAAAUGCUUAUUACAAGAUGCAAUGACAACCUCUCUAUCAAAUCAUGCUUCCGUUCUCUCCUUAAAUAAUAUACAAACUUCUAUAGGAAAUACUACUGUCACUAAUACGAAUGGUAGUAUGACGAAAAUUCCCAUAUUACCUGAACCCACUGCGUGCAAUAACGCGGUUCAUAGUUCUAUAAUAACAGCAUCGAAUACUGCCUUGGCAUCAGCACCAGUCGCUUCGACAACUAUUUCGCCAACUACUGAAACUGUUACACUGCCAACAGGUGCAUCUCUAACUUUAAGUGUUCCUGUCCCAUUAAGUUCAAAUGCGGCAUUGAACUCAUCAAUAGGGCAUCAAUUGGCAGAAGCUAAUUCAUCUGAUAUGAUAGGAGAUGAAGCUUGUUCAGAACAAGAUGCGAUAUCUAGCGUUGCAACUUUCCUUGCAAGUCUUCAGUUAGAUCACUUGAUAGACCUUUUCGAACGUGAGCAAAUCACGUUGGAAAUUUUAGCAGAAAUGGGUCAUGAAGACUUAAAGCAAGUUGGUGUUUCAGCAUAUGGUUUUAGACAUAAAAUUUUGAAGGGAAUAGUUCAGUUGAGGCAAACCACAGGUAUUGGAACAGCGAAUUUAAACCCAGGAACUUUGUUAGUUGACUUAUUACCAGAUGAUAAAGAAUUUGUAGCUGUGGAGGAAGAAAUGCAAGCGACGAUAAGAGAACACAGAGAUAAUGGUCAAUCUGGUGGUUAUUUUAGUCGAUAUAACAUUAUUAGGGUUCAAAAAGUCCAAAACAGGAAAUUGUGGGAAAGAUAUAUUCAUCGUAGACAAGAAGUUUAUGAAGAGAAUACUUUGCAGGCUAAUGAAAGGAUGCUUUUUCAUGGAAGUCCAUUUAUCAACGCAAUUGUUCAGAAAGGCUUUGACGAAAGACAUGCGUAUAUUGGCGGAAUGUUCGGUGCGGGAAUUUAUUUUGCUGAGCACAGCUCAAAAAGCAACCAGUAUGUUUACGGAAUCGGUGGAGGUAUUGGUUGUCCUUCUCAUAAAGACAAAUCCUGUUAUGUUUGUCCAAGACAAUUACUACUUUGUCGAGUAGCUCUGGGAAAAUCAUUUUUGCAAUAUAGCGCCAUGAAAAUGGCUCAUGCUCCGCCUGGUCAUCAUUCUGUUAUAGGUAGACCUUCAGCCGGCGGUUUGCACUUCACAGAAUACGUUGUAUACCGCGGAGAACAGGCUUAUCCGGAGUACUUGAUUACUUACCAAAUUGUUAAGCCGGAAGAUAGUUCUAGUGGGAAUGAAGAAUCAAGAUGAUGGAUGCCAUCUGUGGGAUCAACUCCAACAACUUCACCGGCUACAUCAACGUUAAAUGCCUCUCAAAAUGAUCAGCAUUCGAAUAAUAAUAGCAGUAUAUAUAGUCAUUGUAAUCAUCAAUAUCAAAAUAAUUCAACUUCAUUAGCUA